CCGGCGGCGGUGAGCGGCGCGGGGAUGGCGGCGGCGGCCCGCGGCUGCCCCCCGGCGGGCUCCGGGGACCGCGCCCUGGCCGAGCUGCUGAUGGAGUUCUCCCGGGCGCAGUACCGCGCCAAGGACGGCGGCGGUGCCGCUGCCGCGAAGGUGGAGCGGAUCGAGCGGCGAUGCCUGGAGCUCUUCGGCCGCGACUACCGCUACAGCGUGAUCCCCAACGCGCACGGCGAGGUCUGCGCACACUACCCGCGGCACAUCGUCCUCCUGGAGCGCGACGCCGGCCGCGACCCGUUUGAGAGCACUGUGCAGGUUGGCAAACUGCAGGACCUCAUCAACCGAAGUAAGAUGGCGAGGUGUAGAGGACGAUUUGUUUGCCCAGUCAUUCUGUACAAGGGAAAGCAUAUUUGCAGAUCAGCAACACUGGCUGGCUGGGGAGAGCUCUAUGGGCGCACUGGCUACAACUAUAUCUUCUCAGGAGGUUCUGAUGAUGCUUGGGCUGAUGCAGAAGACAUUUCAGAGGAAGAUUCUGCACUUAGAAAUGCAGACUCCCAGCUGUUUGACAAGGUCAGGGGACAUGACAUCAAGCUGCUUCGAUACCUGUCUGUCCGAUAUAUCUGUGACCUGAUGGUGGAAAACAAGAAGGUGAAGUUUGGCUUGAAUGUGACCUCUUCUGAGAAGGUGGACAAAGCUCAACGUUACGCUGAUUUCACGCUUCUCUCCAUCCCAUAUCCAGGCUGUGAAUUUUUUAAGGAGUACAAAGACCGGGAUUAUACAGCUGAAGGUCUCAUAUUUAACUGGAAACAGGAUUAUGUAGAUGCUCCUUUAAGUAUCCCAGUCUCUCUGACCCAAUCUCUGAAUAUUGAUUGGAGCGAGUACCAGAGCUGGGACCUUGUACAGCAGACACAGAACUACCUGAAGCUGCUGAUCUCCAUCAUCAAUAGCGAUGAUGACAGCGGGCUCCUGGUGCACUGCAUAUCCGGCUGGGAUCGAACACCACUCUUCAUCUCCUUACUGCGCCUCUCCCUGUGGGCUGAUGGGCUGAUCCACACAUCGCUGGAGCCAGCUGAGAUUCUCUACCUGACAGUGGCCUACGACUGGUUUCUCUUUGGGCACAUGUUAGUCGAUCGACUCAGUAAAGGAGAAGAGAUUUUCUUUUUCUGCUUCAAUUUUCUGAAGCACAUCACCUCUGAGGAGUUCUCUGCUGUGAAGUCACAGAGAAGGAAGAGUUUGCCACCUGGCUUCACCCUGGAAGAGAUCUGCAUGCUCAAACAGAGAGACCGAGGCAGCACCACAAGCCUGAGCAGCGACUUCUCCCUAGGGAUGGAGAGUUCCCCUGGAGCAGCUGGGAGCUUCACCUAUGAAGCAGUGGAGCUGAUGCCAGCAGGAGCACAGGCUCAAGCUGCAUGGUCUGGUGUCUGUGGCACGGGUGCCUUACAGUGGAGGGAGGAAUACGGCUGUCAGAGGCUUGACUGCAACUUGUGGUGCAGAAUUUCUGCACCAGGAAUUGGAGACCACCCCAUGUUAAAAACUGUCAGACUUCUGUGGGGAUGCUCCUGGAGUUUGUCCCCUGGUGAGAGUGAAGGAGCUUUGUUUCAUGUUCACCGGUUUCACUGUUAAACUCCAUCCAGAAAGGAUUCUGUUACUUUUAAAAGAUGGUUCCAAACUACCAGAAAAAAUGGCAUUUGGCAGCAGGCUCCCCAGGGCAAAGCACAGACAUUUAAUUGCCCUAAAAUGAAACUUCACCAGUUUACAGAAGAGAUUAUCCAGAGGAGUGUCUGCAGUUAGCAGCAUGUGGGAUGGGUGGCCAAGAAUCCCCUCGAGACUUUAAGCCCCUCUAACAGCACGAGGUGUGUGAGCUGAAGCAGUUUGCUGCCUGCAGUGCUGCUUAGAGAUACUUCUUGAGGAGAAGAUGCAAUUCUCAGUGCUCCCUGUUGAUAGAGGGUCACGUAGGAGUCUCCAGGGGCUGCAGGUGGCUGCGGGAAGCGGGGAUUGGGGAAGGUGUCUGGCAGUUCUGCUGCCCUGGGACAGGUAUAGUGCUUGCUUGUAGAGUUUCUGGUGCUGUUUGGGGAUUUCAGAACCUUGCUGUAGGGUUGCCCCUCUAAGUUUAAUUUUUCUCUCCACUCCCUCAGCACAUGUGAAGAUGCUAUUUUAUACUGCAAUUAUUUUAAAUUAAAUCUGGGUUGUACUGGAGGCAGUUGGAAGCCCUGUGGGACUGAGCCUGCAGCCAUGCUGGUGGCACUGAUUCAACUUCUAAAAUGCUGGAGAGUGGAAGAGAAAAUCUUCCUGCAGAAUUACAAAAUGGAGAUGGGGAGUCCCAAACUGUGUUUGCCAAGUGAGCAGCACAGAGUCCUCUCUUAACACCCAGAGCCUACCUAUCCUCAGCAGGUAGAGAACAGCUCUCCACUUGCCUGGCUACAGGGUAGUAAACUGGAAGCACUUAAGUUUCUCUGAGUGCUCAGGACAUUCAAACUGGAGCCUGCAGCACAAAACCCACACAUGAUUUUCACAAGAUCUAAAAUGGCCAGAGCAUGCUGGAAAAGAUGUGCUUUGGUGUGUACCAGGGCUCGAGUUUGCAGCGUGUCUUCUGACUCUGCUUUGCUUUCAUUCCUGUUGGAGACAGCAGGCUGUGCUGGGGUUAGCUGCUGCUACCACAGGGAUGGUUUGGAGCCAUGCUGUGGGCAUGUGCUUGAGGAAGGGAAGGUGAUGAGGCUUCCCAUAAAUGUUCAGCAAGGGCACUAGUCACAGAUGUCUUUCUGCAGGCUGUGGGGACUGUGUAGUGUGAAGAGCAGGUAGAGCUUGCUACAGGCAGGAUGAGCUAGACUGUGUGUGGCAUGAGUGAGGAGAGGAGAGGCUGUGCUUCAUGGUGGUGUCCUGAAAACAGGUGCCCUCAAGCUCUCCCUGGAGGGAGAGGCAUUUGGUUUUUAGCUGUACAAGCCUGUUUCUGCAGGCCAUGUUUGGAGAUGUUGGCAGCUAUGAUAACACAAGAUGAAUAAUGCUUGAGAGAGGUUGUGAUGUGACGUUCGAGGGUGGACACACUUCAAGAAAUGAAGCGAGGAUAUCAUGCUUUCCUCUGUACAGUGAGCUUGUCUUUAGCAGCACUUGCUGACAGUGCUGGAGACCUCAAUCAAAGCUGAGAUGCCAUUCCAGAUUCCAGGAGGAACAGCAUCUAUUCCCCUUCAGUUUGUUUGCUUCAGACUUUUACUUGUGUACAUAGGGAAAUCUUUGUCCAACUCCCUGUGGUUUUGGAAAGGGAAAAAUUCUUUUGACUCUAAGGAAAACCCAGACAUGUAAGAAAGAAACUCUUGUGAACAUGGAGCCACAGUAACAUGAAUUACUCCCAGGUAUGUGUGCCUGGUUGGCAUGUAGCUGGAUGAUAACUGUGAGCUGAGGCCUGAUGCAGCAAUGGACAGUGAAUCACGCCCGAGUCUGAAUGUGCUGCCUGGAAAAGGAGACAGAGCAGCUCUGGGCUGUCGGCACAGAUGGGGAGAGGACUGAAAUGCACCUGCAUCUGGAGUGACUGUCAGCUCUGAGCAGGCGGUCAGAAGUGCUCAGAUUCCCUGAAGGGAAUUCCCUGAAGGUCAGAUUCCCUGAAGGGGAUCACUGAAAGGGAAAAUAACAGGGAUGCUGUGUCCCUGUCACCCUCGUCAGUGCGCGCUGAACGCCCACGUGGGCUGAGCUACUCAGCUGAUAUGCUCUGUAGAGUCAGAGCAGAUUGAAAUGGUCUUUCCCUGCUGGGAGGCCCCUUGCUUGAGGCAUUUUUACAGCUAGACUAAACAAAGCCAUUGCUGUAUGUGUGUGGGCUGAUGCAUUCUCCUGUCAUUGAUUUCCAAGUCACGUGGAUGCUGAUCUAUAAAAGAGUGGGCUAAGAUGGGUUGAGCUCAGUGUGCCCCCGUCACUGAGCAGUAACCUGUGACUCACGGUUCCUUGGGAAGGGAGGAGGGCAGGUUCAGUGGGAACAAGGGCUUGUAGCUGCUGGGGUAAAAUCCAGCCUGUUGUGGAAAGGCUUCCUAAUCAAAGUACAUGGGAAAGUCAGCUUU